CAAUAGUACUAUGUUGCUAGCUCUUUCACUUAUUAUUCUUUCUCUUCUCUAUCUCACCCAUCUAUCUUUCUAUCUUUUUCUAGCAAAUAGUUUUGCUAUUCAUCAGUUGUAUAAAUCACAUUCUUAGUUAACUGCCCUUUUCCCUUGAAAAGGAAAUUCAUUAAUGAUCUCAUCUUUCCCAUUUGCUACAUAUCCUAUUCCAACAACUCUUUCUUUGCCUGCCCUAAAAAUAAACACUACCACUUCUAGUACUAUUAUUACAACUGAAGUUGUUUUCUUAACUUCUAGUACUACUGUUCCAAAACCUCAGGAGAGAGAGAAAAAAGAAAAUAUAUAUAUAGAAAUAAACAUGGGUUUUUGAUCUAGAAAAUUUUGAUCUACUGGAAAAGAAACACCAAAAAAAACCCUAGGUUUUGCUUUUUGUUUUUUCAAUUUUGACAAAAAAAUUUGAGUUUACAAACAAAGGAUCGGAGCUAGGUGAAGAGAUGGAUUUCAUGAUGUCAAAUGAUGGGAAUAAUCCUAUCUAUAGCUACAGUGGUAUGAGUGGUGGAACUAAUAUUGAAAGCUCCACCUUCAGUCUGACGACUGGCAGUGGCAGUGGCAGUGGGUCAGGGUCUAGUUCAGGUGCUGGCACGGCUGUAGCGGGUUCGGAAGCGUCCCCGCCACAGCCCUCGGUCCAGUCCCUCCCUAGCCGGUAUGAGAACCAGAAGCGGAGGGACUGGAACACGUUUAGCCAGUACCUGAGGAGCCACAGACCCCCGCUACCUUUAUCACUAUGUAGCGGGGGUCAUGUGCUGGAGUUCCUUAGGUACUUGGAUCAGUUUGGAAAAACAAAGGUUCAUAACCAUGCCUGUCCUUAUUUUGGGAUUCCUAACCCUCCUGCCCCUUGCCCCUGCCCACUUAGGCAGGCUUGGGGCAGUUUAGAUGCCCUCGUAGGCCGUCUUCGUGCGGCCUACGAGGAACAUGGCGGACGGCCCGAGACUAACCCUUUUGGUGCUCGGGCUGUCCGUCUUUACCUCAGGGAGGUCAGGGAUUAUCAGGCUAAGGCCAGAGGUGUUAGCUAUGAGAAGAAGAGGAAGAGGCCUGCUCCUAAGCAAAAACCUCUUGGAAUGGGUUUACCAACAUCAAAUUAAUCAUUUUUCUGCUGAGAAAGGGUUUGUUUAUGUUGGUUGCAAAUUAAAUAUCAUGAUGAUGAACUUCUGCUAGCUGCUUUUGUUUCUUAUUCUGCUUUUUCUUUCUUUUCCUUCUCUUGCCAAGACCUUAUGCAAGUUGAUGACGACGACGACGGCGGCGGCGGUGAAGACAGAUGAUCGAUGAUGUCUUAGCUUCUUUAGUAAGUGUUACUACUCUAUAUGCUUCAAUCUCAGCCUAAGUGUAGCUGUAAUAUAUAUUUAUACACAUAUAAUUGCAAAACUACUAGUACUAUUUUGCUAAGAUCUUCAUUUGAUGAGGAGUAAUGAUAUUAUUUAUGAUA